AUGGUACUGACGUUAAAGCAUACUUUCUCAUUAGUUCAGUCACUGUCUGGUCCUGAGAUUUCAUACCUAGGGAUCAUCCACAUCUUCAAGUUUGGGAAGUCAGAGGCAGAGUCAAGUAAUAACACAGGUGAACAUCUUUAUAUUGCCUACUGUAAACUGUUACUUGUCUUUGGCAAGUCAGUGAGCAAUUGCAUUAGUUUAAGACAAUUUGUUCUUGGCUAUCAUCUGUACUCUUACAGGGCGGACUUUAUAUUCAGAGCACCAAUCAAAUUAAGCAAGCCUGGGGAACUUCGUGAAGAAUAUGAAAGCCUGAGAAAGCUGAGAGAAGAAAAAUUACAAGAGGAAAAAACUUCUGAAGAUCAAAUCCACAAGCUCUUACCAGAGGAUACAGAAACAGGGAAGAGGAAAAUGGAUGAACAGAAAAAAAGAGAUGAGCCAUUAGUACUGAAAACAAAUCUGGAGCGUUGUCCUGCACGUCUGUCAGACUCAGAGAAUGAAGAACCUUCUCGAGGCCAGAUGACACAGACACAUCGCUCAGCAUUUGUUUCCAAGAACAACUCCUACGGCUUAGCUUUCCUGGCAGGGAAGCUAAACUCCAAAGUGGAAAGGAGUCAGAGCUGCAGUGACACGGCUCAGGAGAGAGUGAAGAGCAGACUCAGAGCAGCUCCAGCCAACAAAGCCAAGGUCACAACUAUGGCUCCAGCCUCAAACCCCAUCAUUGGUGUCCUCCUGUCCACUCAGAACAACCGCUGCCUCUCAGCCCCUGACUUAACUGUCGAAAAGCGUCUGCCCUUCAGCUCCCUUUCAUCCUUGGCUUCCCUGCAUAAGCCAGAGCGUUCUAUCAGCCCUGAGAGCAAUGACAGCAUCUCUGAAGAACUAAACCAUUUCAAGCCUAUUGUUUGCUCACCGUGUACUCCUCCCAAGAGACUCCCUGAUGGCCGUGUGCUGAGUCCCCUCAUCAUCAAAUCAACACCCCGCAACCUAACCAGAAGCCUGCAGAAGCAGACUUCUUAUGAAGCCAGCCCACGGAUCCUCAAAAAGUGGGAACAGAUCUUUCAGGAGCGGCAGAUCAAAAAGACCCUUUCGAAAGCUACUCUCACCUCUCUGGCUCCUGAAACGGGGGAAGACUUACUAGGCUCUGAAGUUAUACAUUCUAGCAAGGAGAAGCCACUUGUGGCUUUAAAUACAAGAUUGUCAAGUGGGCAAGUACUCUCCGAGUAUGCGGGACCCACCCCCACUGACCUUGAUAAUUUCCCCUCCGUUAGCCAAACAAAAGCAGAACAGGACAGUGAUGGUAAGAGGAACACUGAGAUCCCAUCGGAAACCUGCUGUUCCUCAGAAUUCAAAGUGGGAGCCGGUGGGACUUCUUUGGAGAGGGAGCAGAUUGAGGGGUCAGAGUCAACCCCAGAUGCCAAAUUAGAUACAACCUGUGUAAGCAGAGCCAUGAAAAUCUCAGCAGUUAAUUCAGUGCUACCCCAAAACAAUGUUUUGGGUGGAGCCCUCAAAACAAAGAAACAAUUGAAGACAUUAAAUCAUUUUGAUUUGGCUAAUGGUGUUCUAGUAGACAGCCUAAGUGAGGAGACACUUCCUUCCUUGCGUCGGGGCCGGAAAAGACACUGUAAGACCAAGCACUUGGAACAAAAUGGCUCUCUUAAAAAACUGCGACAAACCAGCAGUGAAGUGGGUCUGGAGCAGAAGUUGCAGCAAGAGGAAGAGGACCGACAGCUGGCUCUGCAGCUGCAGCGCAUGUUUGACAAUGAGAGGCGGACUGUGAGUCGGCGAAAAGGAAGCAUGGAUCAGUAUCUCUUACGGUCCAGCAGCAUGGCCGGGGCCAAGUAGCACUUACUGGACAGUGUUACCUAUUUUUAAGAGGUCUUUGGCCUUGCUCAUUUAUCCUGAAGAGCUGAAUGUUCUCACUUUGGUUUCCUAUUCAUGGCAAAACACUGUCUAAUACGGUUCUGAGAGGUUCCAGGGCCUUUGUAGUCAAUAACCAAGGGAACUGCGUCUCUGUUUCUCUGUGACCCAGGCCAGAAGCACUCCUCACUCUCUGAGUGACCCAUCCUGAGGGCUUCUGGGCCAAAUCUUACAUCACCCACUUGGAAUGAGAUUUGAAACAGCCUCAUUCAGGAGCAAAAUGGCCACAAUCAGAAAUGGUAGAGGAAAUAGGGGAUACCUUCUCAAACUGGUAGAUCACCUGACUUCUUUCAACAGGGUAUUGUUUUAAAUCAGCCUUGCAGAUAAAUCUUAAUUUCAUCUUGUUCAAAGAAGUAAACAGUGUAGUUCUUUGGCAGAUCCAAAAUGAUAGUUAUGUUCCUCUUUCUCCUGCCCUUGUCAAAAGUAAAUACCUACCUAAAUCAAUUGAGCUUAUGCCUCUACAAAAAUUGAUUUAUUUUCUCUGAUUAAAAAAUAACAUUUGAUUAAUGCUGUAGAGUUGACAGAGCACAUUCACAGACAUUAUUUAAUGUGGUCUUCUCAAGAGACCUAACAUGUAAGUGGUAUUAGCCCCAUUUUUAGAUGAUGAAACUGCAGUG